AUGGGCAUUAAAACGGUGGCCGUUUACUCGGAAGCCGAUCGAAAUUCACCUCACGUAAAAUACGCAGACGAAGCGGUAUUGCUGGGACCCCCUCCCUCCAAUCAAAGUUACUUGUUGGGCGAUAAGAUUAUUGAGGCCUGUAAGGAGUUAAAGGUUGAUGGCAUCCAUCCGGGCUACGGAUUUUUGAGUGAAAAUGGCGCCUUUGCAGAAGCGGUAGAAAAGGCGGGUAUCACCUUUAUUGGUCCCAAGGCCAAAUCCAUGCAAAUUAUGGGCGACAAACUCUCGGCCAAGGAGGCGGCCAAGGAGUUUGGAAUUCCCCUGGUGCCGGGCACCGAGGGAGCGGUAGAAGACCCCGAAGAAGCCAAGCAGAUUUGCAAGGAAAUAGGCUUUCCGGUUUUGAUUAAAGCCUCGGCCGGUGGGGGAGGAAAAGGCAUGCGCAUUGUGGAACGCGAAGAAGAACUGGAAGAACAAAUUCACAGCGCUAUUUCGGAGGCGAAAUCGGCUUUUGGAAACGGAGCGGUGUUUAUUGAAAAAUACGUGGGCAGUCCGCGCCACAUUGAAGUGCAGGUGCUUUGUGAUACGCACGGAAACAUGGUGCACCUUUUUGAGCGCGAUUGCAGUGUGCAGCGCAGGCACCAAAAAGUGGUAGAAGAGGCUCCCUCAGCAAUUCUCUCCGAUGCCCUGAGGGCAGAGAUGGGCAAGAAAGCGGUAGACGUUGCCCGCAGUUGCGAUUACAUUGGGGCUGGUACGGUAGAGUUUAUCAUGGACGAGCAGAAAAACUUCUACUUCAUGGAAAUGAAUACUCGUUUGCAGGUAGAACACCCCGUUACCGAAAUGAUAACCGGAAUUGACCUGGUGAAAGAGCAAAUAAAAGUGGCGCGGGGCGAGAAAUUAUCCUUUGCCCAGGAAGACUUGAAAAUUGAAGGCCACGCCUUUGAGGUUCGGGUUUACGCUGAAAAUGCGCGGGAAAACUUUAUGCCCGAUAUCGGAAACCUGAAAGUGUAUAAACGACCCCACGGUCCGGGUAUUCGGGUAGACGAUGGCUUUGAGCAAGGAAUGGACAUUCCGAUUCACUACGACCCCAUGAUAUCAAAAUUGGUGACCUACGGAAAAGACCGGGAGGAAGCCCGCAUGCGAAUGAUUAGGGCCUGUGAAGAUUACGAAAUUGUGGGCUUAACCACUACGCUUGAUUUUGGCAAGUUUGUCAUGCAACACCCUUCAUUCAUUUCCGGUGAUUUUGACACCCAUUUCGUGAAAAAGCAUUUUAAGCCAGAAUUGUUGGAUAGCGAAAGCAAUGCGGAAGAAGAAGGUGUAGCGGCAAUGGUAGUGGCACAUCUUUUGGAAUCUACCAAGGCAAAGAAAAAGGUACAAGCGGCUGAAACAUCGGAAGGGCGCAGAAUAAUGGAUGCCAUUAUCGUAGAUGGCGACACCAUCCCGCUUAUGGUUUUGGAUGAGGUGUUGUUGGUAGACGAGCCCACUUUUGACAGCCGGCAGGCGCGCCACCGCUAUUACAUCCUCAAGCGCAAGGUGAUAAAGGUUUACCCCUACGCGGUUAUUGCCGGAAACAAGCUCGAUAGCCUCAACCUCAUUCUGGCCGAGACCAAGGGGAGGUGGGAAAGAAAACGCCUUACCAAGGAAUUUCAAGAAUACCUCGAAAAUAAUUUUGAGGAGGAAAUUGUAAAGCUCACGCAUAGCGAAGGUCAAAUUUUAAGCAAACUGGUUUCCCGGGAAACCGGAAUGACCACUUAUGAGUUGAUAGACGAAUACCGCAGCGGCUGGAACGCCUUCUGGUGGAACGUA